AUCUUUGGAUGGUGGAGUGUGGAGGAGGUGACCCACAGCAGAGAAGUUCCUGUCACUAGCAAUCAUGACGGACCAGCAGGCUGAGGCCCGGUCCUACCUCAGCGAGGAGAUGAUCGCUGAGUUCAAGGCCGCCUUUGACAUGUUUGAUGCUGAUGGUGGUGGGGACAUCAGCGUCAAGGAGUUGGGCACGGUGAUGAGGAUGCUGGGCCAGACACCCACCAAAGAGGAGUUGGACGCCAUCAUCGAGGAGGUGGAUGAAGACGGCAGCGGCACCAUCGACUUCGAGGAGUUCUUGGUCAUGAUGGUGCGCCAGAUGAAAGAGGAUGCGAAGGGGAAGAGUGAGGAGGAGCUGGCUGAGUGUUUCCGCAUCUUCGACAGGAACGCAGACGGCUACAUCGAUGCGGAGGAGCUGGCUGAGAUCUUCAGAGCCUCUGGGGAGCAUGUGACGGACGAGGAGAUUGAAUCCCUGAUGAAAGACGGGGACAAGAACAACGAUGGCCGCAUUGACUUCGACGGUGAGGGAGGCGAGAGAGUGGGGAGCCGGGAUUGGAGCCCCCGGGAGCGACGGGGACGGGGCACCCAUGCAGCUGGCACCCACACAGGAUAGCCUUGUGGGCGGGGCUGGGCGUAGCCUGACCAAGUUCCUGCGGUGGCGGGUAGGGAGCUCCACCUGGUUUUGUGCAAUUUAUCACUGAACGCCAAGGCACCUCCUCCGCGUGGCCGGAGCCCUGGCCGGGCCUCACUCGCCCCCUGACAGUGCGCACCGGGCGCAGGGCUUCCGCGUCUUGAGGGGACCCCUGACCGCCUGUCCUUCUCCUUCCCGCAGAGUUCCUGAAGAUGAUGGAGGGCGUGCAGUAAGAAGCGGGCCCUCGCCUCCACCGAGACCGCGCGAUCCUCGGGCAUGGGGG